AUGUUGAUUUUUAAGUGUGGACUUGUUAUAUUAUCAUCAACAUUCAUAGUGUCUCUCUGCUUUCAAGUUGCACAAGAGACAAAUUCCUUGGAUAUUGGCCUUGCUUUUUUGUACUUAGCCAGCGGAGCAAUAGCUGGCAAAAUCGUCUAUGACAGAUACCAGCAUAUACAUGUACUAGGCUCACUAACACCGAACCCAAAUGUGACUUCCUUUGCGAAUAAAAUAGCUUCCUUCUCCGCAACAUUUUUGUCAGCGGGCUUCCUGGUAUAUUUCUUAUUAUUUUUAUUUAAGGUGGGUAAUAGCUGCCUAACCGCAUUAAGUAUUUUCAUAUGCGGUUUCGGGACAUUAUACAUAUGGAUGCAAUGCAUAAUUACUACAUACGUAGCGACUUUAUAUUAUGAUAAGCACUUGUCGAUACUGAGACAAUGUCUUGCCAACUUAAGUUUCCUCCUUUUGGUUGUGAUGGCAGUAUUCGGUACUGUGACUUCGUUUUUGCCAAAAGGUGGCACCAGUGGUGUUUACUUAUGUGUUCUAAUCACUUCCCUGUGUAGCUAUAUGCUGGCAGCAAUAUUUUGCGUUUUCAUAUUAUCAUUUGAAAGGGAAUAUGUAUAUUUUUCUGAGGGAUUAAGAUCUGAUAUGCUUCUCGACGAUGACUGUUCAUUGGGCGAUGAAUCGUUAGCCGACGUCGACAGCCUAUACGGGACCCAAGAGUUUAACUCUAAUCCUAUUGUAAUAAAGGACAAAAUCCCAUGCGGAAAAGUCUCCUGA